ACAAACUAUAAAUGUGGUUUUCCAGCCACAGAAAGACGUCACGUAAAGUCACAUUUGGCUACCUCAGGAAAGACAUGCAUUGUACAUAUAACCUCGAUUGUCAGCUAGAAAAAAAUAACUAGAAAGAAGCCUUGUAUUGCAUUCAUUAUAUUUUACUUAACCUGCCGCCUUCAUUUUUAAUGUUUGUUUAAAGAAAUCUGUCAUGGGAACGUGCAGGGAGACUAUAUAAAAAUGCGGACUUGUUAGAAAAUAUUUACUCAAUGAAAUCAUGGCGCGGUGGCUUCACUUGUUAUGAUGUCUUGAGCAAUUCAGUUCUAUAUUAGUAGUUGUUGCCAUUGCAGCGUGAACGUCGUCUCAGCUAUAUCUAUAACUGUGGGAGAAUGUGGCAGCGUGGACUCGCAUCGUCUACGCCGGGCUUAGCUGCGCCUGAUCGUAGUUUUAGUUGGUGCAACAGGUGUAAAUAUUUAUCGUUAAGCUGGACGUUGCAAAGCCCAGCGUAGGGCUUACACCCAGCUUUUUUACGUCUAGCUGGUGCAACUGGGGCCGGUUGCACCAGCUGGACGUACACCCGGUCGUAAGGCUAGGCUGGACGUAAAAUGCGCUUUCAGUUGGAGGCCUUCAGGUUCCAACAAGAAACCAGUGGUGUUAUUUACAUCACUUGUCUUCUAAAAGCAAGUGCAGCUAUGGUGCAGGUUGACGAAAAUCAUAAGGCUUGUUCUUUUAGAGCAAAUGGAUGGGCGUCUUCUGAUGGAAGUGAUGAGGUGUGUGGCUGCUGUGACACAAGCUGUGGGUUGAGGACUGAUGGUGUGUUCAAAGUUCCAGGUUUCCAGUGGGAGGGAAGAGCCAAAGUUGGCCCUCUCCAGGUCUGGGAGAAUCCACAUCGAGCCAAAAAUGUGAUUUGAUUCUUGUAAAUAAAGCUUUAAGUACCAACAAGUGUUUGGAACUUUUUC